UGGACGGUCAGUUCGUCAGGGGUACAUCACUACAUCAGUGCAGGAUAUGUGCAGUUCACCGCUCGUCUGCCUCGGGAUAAGCCUUCUCCGGCCGAGAUCCUCCCCUCCAGUUAAUCCCUCCGUCCAUCGCUACACAUAUCGUGCGCUGCUGUAGCUACUAAGUAGCAUCCCAGCAUGAAACGGAGCGCAGCCAACUCGAUCGUACAACUGCUAGUCAAAUCUGCACGCAAAGCCAGCGGCGGUGCUCGGUCGCGCCGGGGCGCCGUCGGGAUGAAGGGAAUUGGGAUCAAGGCGGCGGCGAACGUGUUGCCGCGGCUGCGGAUCCUCGCCGUCCUCGGCGUGGCGGCGUGGACCUUCUUCCUCUACGUACAUUUCACCGUGAUCAGCAGCACGGUGGAGGUGAGCAACAAUGGGGAUGGCCUCGCGGCCGACCCGUGCCGGGGGCGGUACAUCUACAUGCACGAUCUGCCGCCGCGUUUCAACGCCGACAUCAUCCGCGACUGCCGCAAGACCGAGGACCACUGGGGGGACAUGUGCGGCUUCGUCAGCAACGCCGGCCUCGGCCGUCCCCUCGCCGCCGCCGCCGACGACGGCGGUGCCAUCACGGGCGAAGCUGGGUGGUACGGGACGCACCAGUUCGCGCUGGACUCCAUCUUCCACAACCGGAUGAAGCAGUACGAGUGCCUGACCAACCACUCCGCCGUGGCGUCCGCCGUGUUCGUCCCGUUCUACGCCGGCUUCGACUUCGCCCGCUAUCACUGGGGCUACGACAACGCCACCAGGGACGCCGCGUCGGUGGACCUGAUAGAGUGGCUCAUGGCACGGCCCCAGUGGCGGCGCAUGUGGGGCCGCGACCACUUCCUCGUCGCCGGGCGAACGGGGUGGGACUUCCGGAGGAGCAGCAACGUGAACCCGGACUGGGGCACCGACCUCCUCGCCAUGCCGGGUGGCCGGAACAUGACCGUGCUCGUGCUGGAGUCCACGCUGAAAUACACCAGCGACUUCUCCGUGCCGUACCCGACCUACUUCCACCCAAGGUCUGACGCCGACGUGCUCCGGUGGCAGGACAGGGUGCGCGGCCAGAACCGGACGUGGCUCAUGGCGUUCGUGGGUGCGCCGCGGCCGGACGUUCCGAUGAGCAUCCGGAUCCGGGAUCACGUCAUCGCGCAGUGCAAGGCGUCCAGCGCCUGCGCCAUGCUGGGGUGCGCUCGCACCCUCGGCAGCACGCAGUGCCACACCCCCGCCAGCAUCAUGCGGCUGUUCCAGAAGGCCGUGUUCUGCCUGCAGCCGCCGGGCGACUCGUGCACGCGGCGAUCGGUGUUCGACUCGAUGGUGGCCGGAUGCAUCCCGGUGUUCUUCCACACGGGGACGGCGUACGAGCAGUACCCGUGGCAUCUCCCCAAGGACGGCCACCUCAAGUACUCGGUGUUCAUCCCGGACGCCGACGUGAGGCGGCGCAACGUGAGCAUCGAGGCCGUGCUCCGGGCGAUCCCUCCGGCCACGGUGGAGCGGAUGCGGGAGGAGGUGAUCAGGCUCAUCCCGUCUUUGUUGUACGCCGACCCCAGGUCGAAGCUGGAGACGAUCAAGGACGCGGUGGACGUCGCCGUCAAUGGGAUCCUCGACACGGUGGCGGGGAUCAAGAAUCCGCCGAGCCUUUUCGCCGCCAUUGUGUCAAGGUUCCGGCCGAGGCGAUCUUGGAAAGCAGCUCGCUAGCUCUGUUUCAUUCAGCCCCUACGCAGCUGGGUGGGUAACAGAAUGUGGGUGCCUCAUCCAAGGUCGAAGGGACCGUGGCGCUGAUGGCUGCUGCGGCAGCUCGGAGAGGGGCGGGGCGAUCGGUAUUUGAAAGUUGAAACGCCGACAACUUGGACCGGGGUGGCCACAGCGAACAGGCAUUGCGCGGAGCCUCUUGCCGAGCGCGGGGGCAGAGAAGACGUGCAAUGUAACCUGAUCGUUGGGAACGCGAUGCCGCUGGCAGCAUGCUGUGGGUGAGGCUCGAGGAGCACGCGGUGCUCUCUGCGCUUGUGCCUGCCGCUGAAAGAUUAACCUGCAACGCUGCGUGAGCUCCAAUGCUCAGGGCGUAUAGUUUCUAUACCCAUUAAUUUUUAUAGACACUAUGAGCCUGUUUAGAUGCAGCCAAAAACCAAAAUAUUUUUGAGAAAUGUACACUUUUUGGAAGAAUGGAUCUAAACAGGGGUCUGUAAACCAUGGGCUGUAAAGAUUUGAAAUUUGAGACCAUUGAGUCCCAAAACUGUCCAAAAAGUGCCUAGGGACCCGAGUUGGACGGGGUAUACCCCCAGCAAUCAUGUGCA